AUGCUCAUGCUCAUGCUGUCCAUAGGUGGAGAUGAACUCAAGAGGCACUAUACUUUGGGAGAGUACUGGAUUGAGGUGGAGAUGGAGGAUUUGGCCAGUUUUGAUGAAGAUCUGUCAGACUGUCUGUACAAACUGCCUACUGAGAACUUGCCUUUGUUGGAGGAGGCGGCGCAGGAAGUGGCUGAUGAGGUCACACGUCCGCGGCCUGCAGGAGAAGAGACUGUGCAGGACAUACAGGUCAUGCUGAAGAGCGAUGCCCACCCGGCCUCCAUCCGUAACCUGAAAUCGGAGCAGGUGUCACGUCUCGUGAAGAUUCCCGGUAUUAUCAUAUCCUCUACGGCUGUGAGAGCCAAAGCCACCAAAGUGUGUCUUCAGUGCCGCGGAUGCAGAGCAGUUAUCAGCAACAUCCCUUUGCCACCGGGACUGCAGGGUUACGCUCUGCCCCGCAAGUGCAACACGUACUUAUGCGACCGUGUAGUACCAGGAAACAGAGUAACUGUCAUGGGCAUCUACUCCAUCAAGAAGGUGGCGCAGACCAAGGCCAAAGGUCGUGAUAAGGGAGCAGGUGUGGGCAUCCGAGCAGCGUACCUGCGUGUUGUCGGCAUUGAAGUGGAUACUGAAGGAGCAGGCCGUGGAGCCUCUGGUUCAGUUUCUCCUCAGGAGGAAGAGGAGUUGAGGGCUCUGGCUUCCUCUCCCUCCGUCUAUGACUCGCUCGCUCGCUCUCUGGCUCCAUCCAUCUAUGGUAGCGACGACCUGAAGAAAGCCAUAGUGUGCCUUCUGUUUGGGGGCUCCAGAAAGAGGUUGCCAGAUGGUUUGACACGCAGGGGUGAUAUAAACUUGUUGAUGUUGGGAGAUCCAGGCACAGCCAAGUCACAGUUGCUGAAGUUUGUGGAGAGAUGUUCUCCGAUUGGGGUCUACACGUCUGGUAAGGGCAGCAGUGCUGCUGGUUUGACAGCCUCAGUGCUGCGAGACCCCAACACUCGUGGUUUCGUCAUGGAGGGUGGUGCCAUGGUGCUGGCUGAUGGAGGAGUGGUCUGCAUUGAUGAGUUUGACAAGAUGAGAGAAGAUGACAGGGUCGCCAUCCAUGAGGCCAUGGAGCAGCAGACCAUUUCUAUUGCAAAGGCUGGCAUCACCACCACUCUGAACUCCCGCUGCUCUGUAUUGGCCGCUGCCAACUCCGUGUUCGGCCGCUGGGAUGAUACAAAAGGAGAGGACAACAUUGACUUCAUGCCCACUAUUCUGUCUCGAUUUGACAUGAUCUUCAUCAUCAAAGACCAUCAUGACCAACAGCGAGACAUGACUUUGGCCCGGCAUGUGAUGAACGUUCACCUGAGCGCUCAGACGCAGACGGAGGGUGUCGAGGGAGAGAUUCCUCUGGCCACGCUGAAGAAAUACGUCGCCUACUGCAGAGCGAAAUGUGGACCUCGUCUGUCUGCGGCCGCCGCAGAGAAACUGAAGAACAGGUACGUGCUGAUGAGGAGCGGAGCGAAGGAACACGAGAGAGAGACCGACAGACGUGUGUCCAUCCCCAUCACUGUCAGGCAGCUUGAGGCCGUGGUGCGCAUUGCAGAGUCUCUCGCUAAGAUGAAGCUGCAGCCCAUCGCUGGAGAGGAAGAGGUGGACGAGUCUCUGAGACUCUUCCAGGUGUCCACGCUGGACGCGGCUCUGUCCGGCAGUCUAUCCGGUGUUGAAGGAUUUACCACUCCGGCGGAUCAGGAGAUGAUCUCUCGCAUAGAAAAGCAGCUGAAGAGACGCUUCGCCAUCGGCUCCCAGGUGUCUGAGCACAGCAUCAUACAGGACUUCACCAAACAGAAAUAUCCAGAACACGCCAUUCACAAAGUCCUUCAUCUGAUGAUGAGGAGGGGUGAACUGCAGCACCGCAUGCAGAGGAAGGUUCUUUACAGGGUCAAGUGAACACAUGUUGUGUGAUCGUGUUUGUCAGCAGAACCCGAGAGCUGAUGGGCAGAUGAAAAAUGAUACACAAUUCAGAUUUAUUGUACAUAGUGGUUUGGACACUUUAUUGCUGGAGAAAUGUCCUGUUUAUCCUUCUUACUGUUUGCUGAGAAAUGAUUCUCAUCUUGCUCUGUCAAAGCUUGGAAUGAAUUGAGUAUGUUACCAUUGUGACGGUAUGCUUUACUGUCUUAAUGUGGUUUUUCAGUGGAAAAUCUAAUUUGACUGUCAGGUCUGUGGCAAAGUAAAGAUAUGGUCAUGUUUUGAAUGGAAACAUAAUAAAGCAUAUAA